AUGGAAGAUGAAUCAAGAAAUGUCAUAGCACCAGACCAACCAGUCACAAUGGAACAGUUGUUGCAACUCAUUAAACAGUUAAACCCCAACAAACCAUCCACUGAAACCAGCACACAUACUCUCCUAAUCUCAGAGAAAUUAACUAAUCAAAAUUACACAAAAUGGUCCAGGCUGAUGCACUUAGCCAUUAGUGGACGGGAUCGUCUCAAUCACAUCAUCGACGAUCCUCCACCCACAACUGACCCAGCGUACAACCAAUGGAUCAGAUGUGAUUCGAUAGUUAUCUCAUGGAUUCUGGAAAAUAUAGAGGCUGAUCUAGUUAAUCAAUAUCUCGAUUUCCCGACAGCCAAAACACUGUGGCAAGGGAUAGAAACACUGUAUAGCAGUGGGAGAGAUGGCCUGCAAAUUUUCGACUUAACAGUCAAAACCAACAAGAUCCAACAAGGGCAAGACACUAUUGAAACAUACUAUAGCAAAUUGAUUGUGUUAUGGAAGGAAAUUGACAGAAGACAACCAAAUCCGAUGAAGGAUCCAUGCGACAUAAUCAUUUACAAUCAAAUAACUCAACAAAAUAGAUUGUACCAGUUUUUGGGAGGCGUCAAUGAGACAUACGACAAGGAUAGAAGAGAUCUCCUUCUCCUAGACCCCCUUCCUACAGUGGAGGAGGCCUAUGCAAGUAUCAGGAGGGAGAUCCUAAGACGAGGGAUCAUGAAGACAAACCCCUCAUCAGAUUUAGAGUCACCGGACACCGGAGGCAUUUUUUCAGUCAGAGGGAAGACUUAA